UGGUGAAAGAAUGAGAGAGGCAGAAAACUGUCGACGUUUAGGAGUCGGUUGGGCGAGGUGGUGGCAGCCUGAUUGCCGCAAAUCCACCUGUUGACGAGACUUGGACCUGGUGUGAAUCAAGGGCCAAAGCCGCGGGGGUGCCGGUUGGCCACCUGGCGAGGCGGUCCUUCUCUCUCGUGUGGGAGUCAUCGACCGUUCAGCGGACCCAUGUGCGUCAUAGAGUGCCUGCUGCCUGCUCCACCCCGAACUACGCGUUAGGGAGAAUAUAAAAACAGAAGAAGGACCCCAUCUUCCCUGUCGACCAGGAGCUCACCUCGUCGAUGGCGCAGUGUGUUGUGUUGCUCUCAGAGACUUGGCCAGGGAUUCCCGCCGAGGAGGAGCAGCUCGGGAGUCUGCUGAGCUGAAGAUUUGGAUUUUGUUUCCCUGCUCGGAGGCCGGGUAGACGGCAGGGGGUCGGGUCUUGGGGAGUUGGUGCCUGACGCCGGAGAGCCAGCGCUUUGGAGUGGGCCGGGUCGGCUUGUGCCUUCCGUUCCCGCAGCGACCAGUGGCAGUUCCAGGAAGGAAGGGCUCCAGCAGAACGGGCACGGGUGGCUGCCGCCCUGUGUCUCCAGCGGAGAAGACAAACCGGGCAGGCUCGGGAGCAGUGGGAGAGGAAGGCGGGAGGCGCGGAGCCAGCAAGCCGGAAGAAUGGCCCGGGACUCCCUGGCCACCCGGCUGCAGGAGUCGGUGGGGGUCUUCCACGCGUUGGGGCCGAAGAGCCCCGCCCCCGCCGGCCAGUGUGCACUCCGCCGCCCCGCGAGCACGGCCGCAAGCCGCCGGCCGCACCAGACCACGAGGCUCCCAGGACGGAGGCUGGAAGCUUCGGUCAUCGGGCAGGAUUCAGGGGAGUCCUGGGCCCCGGGCGCUGGGGCCCCGAAGCUAGGCGGCGGCGCCCAAGAUCCGCUGCCAUCGUGGAGCCGGACCGGGGAGGAUUCCAGCUCAGGGUCCUUCCCUUUGCCCGCCCAUGGCCCAGCCACUAGAAACCCCCACCCGGUGGCUGGGCCUCCCCCGGCCCAGUCGGCCCCCUUGCCUGGCUCGAGGCUUCCAUCCGGGCUCGCCGCCCCGGACCCAGCAGGCGAAGUCUAUCCUGGCCUCCUGCCCACUCCCAGCCUGACCAUCCCGAGAUGGUCCCGGCUGGGGCCCCCCAGCCGCGACGUGAGCAGGCAGGCUCUGCCCUGGAGGCUGCCCACCGUCCCUCAACCAGUCAGGUCGCAGCCCAUCGGCAAGGACCAGAGGCCUGCGCGCGAGGGCAUGAAGCUGCGGGCCCAACGGGCGCGGGAGAUCCGCUGCGCUGCUUUGCCCGUUUGCGGCGCCAGCUCGGCGCCAGAGAAGCCCAGCCGCGAGGGCGCCCUCCCGGGGAGUAGCAGCAGACGUUUCGAGUGGCUGGGGCCGGACACCCGCCCCGUGGACGUGGAGAUGGUGCUCGCCGAGUUUCGGAUCCCUCCGCUCCUCUCCCCACUGAGGGAAGACGACACGCCGGAGGGUCCCACGACGCCCAAACCCCCCAGGGCCGCCCGAGGAGGUAAGGCUGUCGGAGCGGCCAACCCGGGAAUGGCUGCGGCUGGUUCGCUCGCAGGAUCCAGCGGUCCUGAGCGAGCUGUGGCGGCAAGGCAGCCCGGUUGGGGCUCUGUGGACCACACCACGACGCCCAAGGAAUCCCGGACCCUUCGGCUCCACCUCGCUCAGACGGAAGAUGCGGGUCCGGCGUCGGAGGUCCACGGCCAGAGCCUGGUAGUUGACGCCCCCCGGCAGGGUUCAGGACGGCCCUCUGCACCGGAGGCCCGGGCCCGGAGACCACCCUGGACACGGGACGAGGAGGAUUCCAGGUUAGUGCCAUUCUCUUUGCCCUCCGCAGAGUGCGCGCCCCUGGGCCAAGUCCUUCGGAAGCCACAGCCUCCUGCCGGGCCCCCCAUGGCCCACCCGGACCCCUUGCCUGGUUCGAAGCUUCCAUCCUGGCUCGCCGCCCUGGACCCAGCAGGCGAUGCCUAUCCUGGCCGCAAGACCCCUCCCAGCCUGACCAUCCCGAGAUGGUCCCGGCAGGGGCCCCCAAGCCGGGACGUGAGCAGGCAGGCCCUGUCCUGGAGGCUGCCCACUGUCCCAGAACCGGUCAAGUCGCAGCCCAUCGGCAAGGACCAGAGGCCAGCGCGCGAGGCCAUGAAGCUGCGGGCCCAACGGGCGCGGGAGAUCCGCUGUCCCCCCUGCCCCCCCACCCCUCCUCGCGAUAUCUGGGACGUGUGCCCUCGGGGGACCUCCUAUGACCGCUUUAAUUCGGACGGCACACUGACCAUUUGCGGCGCCGGCUCGGCGCCAGAGAAACCCAGCCGCGAGGAAGCCCUCCCCGGCAGAAACAACGGAUGUCUUGGUUCCCUGGCGGGCCCCGAUGGAGGACCCCGGCCCGACCCCUGUCCCGUGGAUAUCGAGCAGGUGCUCGCCGAGAUUCGGAUCCCUCCGCUCCUCUCUCCUCUCAGCAACGACGAAGGCCCCGGAGGUCCAAGCAAGGCCAAAGCAACCCGAGCCGUCCCAGGAGGUAAGGCUCGCGGAACGUCCAUCCCGGGGCAGGGCGCAGCGGGUGCGCUUGCGGGCUCCACCGGUCCUGAGCGGCCUGUCUCGGCCUCUGUGGAUCAGGCCCAUGGGCUGGAGGAAGGGCGGAACGCUCCGCUCCGUCCCGCUCCGAGGGGUGGCUCGGGCCCCCAGUGUCCCAGGCCGCUGGACGGCAAGCCCACCGCAGACGCCCAUGGAGGUCAGGCUCAGGCGACGGACGAAAGAAGAACCUCUGCCAGGAACAAGAGAGACAGGAGAAUCGGGCAGGCCCAGCCCAGCCCUCCCCGCUCCACCGGGGACACCAAGGGCCCGCUCCAGAGCGAGGCCGAGGGCCCAGGGAGGGAAGCCAGGGGACGUCCUUCCAGGGAAAUCCGCCCAAAGCGAGGCUGGGAUGGGAGCCAGGUCAGGGCCCCCAGGGACGACAAGGUAGACGGCCGCAGCCCCAGCCCCAGCCCUGCAGCGGCGAACGAGCAGCCUCCAUGGGACACCCCUUGGGAAGAGCCGGGGAAAUGGAGCCGGCCUUCACGCAAAAGGAGCAGAAGCCAGGAGGAGGUCAGCCUGCCACCGGGAAAAAGGACCCGGGGCCCCCUGGACGCCAGCUUGCAAAGGUCCCUGGAGGUUAGCCCCGCGGUGGCACCGACGGGCCUCAGCUCCUGGGACCUCGCUGCUCUCUCUGGCGGGCGCCUGGGCUCGGGCAGCGCACGCCUCCCUGUCCAGGCCACACGCCUGCAGUUAAGGAGCUCCCAAGCUGCAGCCCCCGGCAAGGACUCAGGACAGCCCUCGGCCCCAGAUGACCGGGUCCAGAAGCCAGUCGGACGCGCCGAGGGCCACCGAUCACCGCCCACUCGGACGAGCGCGCAUUCCAGGCUAGCGCCCUGCCCUUGGCCGGACCCUGGUCGCCCGCCCCUACGGCCAGCCGCUCAGAGUCCACCCCAGCCACCGGCCGGACCACCCCUGGCCACCCCUGCCCCCGUGCCUGGCCCUAGUUCCGCUGCGCAGCCCCGGCUUCAGCCCACUCCCCAGCUCCCCCUUCGCAGCCUCCGGCCUGGGGCCGCUCCUCCGAUCGAUUUCAGCAGCCAGCCCCUGCCCUGGAGGAUGCCCACCGUCCCGGGACCUGUGAGGUCACUGCCCAUUCCCAAAGAUCUCAGGUCAGUGCGCGAGGCCAUGAAGCGGCGGGCCCAGCGGGCUCGGGAGAUCCCAUGUCCCCCCUCACCUCCUCGUGAUAUCUGGGAUGUGUGCACGCGCCGGGCUUCAGAACAACCCUUCCCUUAGGAGGCCGCUCUGCGCCUUUGCGCCCCGGGCUCCGCAGCAGCAGGCCGGCCGCGGCCCCCAGGGGCCGCG